AUGUCGGGGUACGGAUCCGACGACUACCGCGGCGGCGGCGGCGGUGGCUACGGCGGCCGAGGUCUCCGCUGGAUCCUUGGAAUUCGUCUGCGUCCUUUUCUCGUGGUUCGCUGCGGUAAUGUGAACUUUGCGAGGAGAACUGAGUGCAAUAAAUGUGGUUCAGCUAACCCAAGUGGAGGUGGAGGUGGAGGUGGUGGCGGUGGGUAUGAUAGGUCUGGUGGAGGCUACAACCGUGGUGGUGGUGAUCAUGGUUCAGGUGGUGGUGGUGGCUACAGCAGAGGUGACGGAGGACGAGGAGGAUAUAAUCGUGAUGGUGGUAGUGGUCGUGGUUUUGAUGACCACCGUGGUGGUAGUGGUGGUUAUGGAGGAAGAGACCAAGAGAACAACCAAAGGGUGGAAAAAAAUACCUAUAAUGAUGGUGGCUAUGGACAAGCUCCCCCUAAAGGUCCUCCAUCCUAUGGCGGGCCUGCAGGUGACUACGCAGCGCCCCCAAGUUCUUAUGGAGGAAGCAAUGUAUACAGUUCAGAUAAUGCAGUGCCACCCCCUAACAGCUAUGGUGGUGGUCGAGGCUCUUACCCACCAAGCUAUGGUGCCCCACCUCAAAACCCAUAUAGUGGUGGUGCCCCAGGGGGGCAAGGAGGCCUGCCACCUACAUAUGAUGGUGGUUAUGGUGGUCGUUCUGCGCCUGGGAGUGGAGGCGCAGGUGGCGCACCCCCAUCCUAUCAUGGGGGUGGUGGCGGCGGUGGUUAUACAGGAAAUGCUACCCCUGAACCAGCUACAAAGGUUAAGCAGUGUGAUGCAAACUGUGAUGAUUCCUGUGACAAUCCAAGGAUUUACAUCUCAAACCUUCCUCCUGAUGUGACUGUUGAGGAACUGCAAGAGCUUUUUGGAGGAAUUGGCCAGGUUGGAAGGAUCAAGCAGAAGCGUGGUUACAAAGACCAGUGGCCCUGGAACAUUAAAAUCUAUGCUGAUGAUUCUGGAAAAAACAAAGGAGAUGCUUGUCUCGCUUAUGAAGAUCCAUCUGCUGCUCAUGCAGCUGGUGGAUUCUACAACAAUUAUGACAUGAGAGGCCAUAAAAUUAGUGUUGUGAUGGCGGAGAAAUCGGCACCCAGGGCUCCCACAUCUGGUCACGGAGGUGGACGCGGUGGUGGUGGUGGCUAUGGAGGGGACCGGCGCAGAGACGGAGGAGGUCAUGGGCCUAACAGGAACCAGGGUGGUGGUUCACGUUCCAGGCCAUACUGAAAACACAUAUAAUUACCUAAGAUUGUCAUCUGUGAGAAACCUUUUCUAUUCAUGUUCUCCGGACUUGUACCCAUACAGGAGCUUAAGGUAGGUUUUGUCUGCUUUUUCCCUGGACUUCUGUUCCAUUGUCAUACACCCAUGUUUGUUGGAUGUUUGCUUUUGCCAAAAGUGAUUGAUCUAUGUUAUGUGAAUUUUUCCUUA